CUCGGGAUAGAGUGAGUGCUACUAUAGGAAUCUAGGGAUUUAGGGAUAUCAGCCACCCCCUCCCAGGGAUCACGCUCAGCAGACCAUGAUAGACUACAUCGCAGCCUGCCACCCCUCUCUUCCCUCGCCAAUUUGUCCAGUAACGUCCACGCCACUAGUUCAGCCACCAGCCCCGUCUCCGCCGGUCCUCCGCCGGCCUCCGUAUACAUCACGUGAUAUCAACAUAUGUUUGAGCGCCAUCCUGCUUCUUCUCGCUCCGAUCCCUCCCAACAUCCUCACAGGUAGAUAGACUCUCCUCAUGGUCCGUCGAUUUGCUGAGGCCCCAUCGCUGGCCUCCGCCUACACGAUGCGUCCGACUGCAAUCUCCAUGAAUGUGCAUCGGCGCUCCCGGGCAGAAGCACCAGCCUCGCAGCCUCGCAUCACCAUUGUGAACACGGGUCUUCUGAUCCCAGGCGACGGGGAAGUUUUGAACCAUGCAGCCGUGGUCAUCAGCGACAGAACCAUUGCCUUUGUCGGCCGGCAAGCAGAUAUACCCAAGAAAUACCUCCGAGCACCACAUACCACCCAUGAGGUCCCGGUGCUGAUGCCGGGUCUGUGGGACUGCCACAUGCACUUUGGCGGAGAAGACCAAUACUACAAUGAUUACACGGCCAUCCUUGCCACGCACCCGGCCUCGGCCGGGGCGCGACUGGCCCGCGGGUGCUGGGAAGCGCUGCAAAGUGGCUAUACCUCGUACCGCGACAUGGCUGGGUACGGGUGUGAAGUGGCCAAAGCCAUCGAAGAUGACUCCAUCGUUGGUCCUCAUGUGUAUGCGGCCGGAGCCGCGAUCAGUCAGACGGCAGGACAUGGUGACAUCUUCGCGCUGCCGGCGGGCGAGGUGCUGGGGAGCUUUGGGGUGCAGAAUCCCCGGCCGGGGUAUUGGGGGGCUGGCCCGGUGUGUAUUGUGGAUGGGGUCGAGGAGGCGCGUCGCGCCGUCCGUCUGCAGAUUCGGCGAGGGGCCAAGGUGAUUAAAGUCAUGGCCUCUGGCGGAGUCAUGUCCCGCGAUGAUGACCCGAAGUGCGCGCAGUUCUCGCCCGAGGAGCUUAGGCUUAUGGUCGAGGAAGCGGCACGGCAGGAUCGGAUUGUCUCUGCCCAUGUUCAUGGCAAACGGGGGAUUCUGGCGGCCAUUCAUGCCGGUUGCAAGAGUCUGGAGCAUGUGUCUGAAGCGGACGAGGAGGUCUUCCAGCUCAUGAAGGAGAAGAACGUUCUGUAUGUGGCCACCCGCACGGUCACCGAGGUCGCUUUGGCCAACAACGGCGAGGGAUUACCCAAGGAGUCGUGGAAGAAGCUGCAGGCACUGGCCGACUCGCAUCUUCGAGCCUAUCAAGGAGCAGUCAAAGCCGGGGUCACCAUUGCCCUGGGAACCGACACGGCACCCGGAGGCCCCACGGCUUUGGAGCUCCAGCUGGCCGUCGAAAAGGCAGGCAUGACGCCGCUACAAGCCAUCAAGGCGGCUACUGCCAAUGCUCCCUUGUCUGUGGGCCCCCAGGCACCGCAAACUGGCCAGCUCAAGGAGGGAUAUGAGGCGGAUCUGAUUGCGCUGGAAGAAAGUCCCCUCGAGGAUAUUCGCAUUCUGCAGGACAACAAAGUGAUUACGCAUGUUUGGAAAGGUGGGAGACUGUUUAAAGGACCUGGGAUUGGUCCCUGGGGAGAGACUACGAAUCCGUUUCGAUGAUCCAUCUUUGCUUCUCCUUCCCGGUUCUCGGUAGCAAAUGACAAAUGAUAUGCCAUGUGUGUUGCUGGUUGAUACUUGGUCCUCAAGGGCAGAUCCAUGAUCCCAGUCUGGUCGUACUGUACCUCGUGUGCCACCGGAGUACUGCAGCAAGCCGCGCAUAGCAUCCGUAGAUCCUCCAUGAGCUCAGGCGCCAUCCAUCGGCUGUGCCAUCUGC